AUGGGCGCAGCAUCAGGAACCUGGUCCUAUCUAGUCUUCGCUGGCGGAACCUUGAUGUCCAACCAGAAAAUCAAACGGCAUGUUCAAAAAAUAGGAGAAGACACUAAACCAGAGGAGAUUGAAGUGCCUGAGCGUCGCAGCAUUGAGGUUAUCCCGCUUCCCUUUCAACGCGAUGGUUCUGAAGGAACGAGUGUCUUUCGGGGUUUCCAGAUGCUCCUGCUCGAUACUCGGGAUUAUUUCUGGACCUGCCUCAGGUCCAGACGCUGGGAGUCCAUGGGCCAGGGCCUAUACGCCCGCAGCCCCGAACGUCGAGCCGAGCUGAAGACGCUAGGUUGUUUCCACAACAUGAUCGCUGACGCAAUCAGCCUGUCUGGGCAGGGGAAUGACCACAAUGCCUGGGCACUAACAAGCACGGCGAGCCGGAGCCUUGAAUCCAAUGUCCAUAGCUAUCAUCAUCGAAAAGUCUCGGACAUACUGGGCGUGCUCGUUAUGCUUAAACAAGCUGAGCAGGACAGCCUAUGCCAUAGAAUCUGUCAAUCGAUUGUCAAUGCGCAAAUGGAUUGCCGACGGAUGACUGCCGCAAGCUUCCCUCGCGCUGAGAACAACGGGUCCUAUGACUUAUUCCGAGACAUGACUCCGGAUAAUGUCUUUAAGAUCCUGAAGGACAUCGAUGGUGGGGAACAGUUGGGCGAAUUCAGCCACGAGUCAAUCUGUCUAUGGCACACUGCAAUUCGCUGGCUCAAGUUGGAAGGCGAUUUUGCACAGAUGGUCGAAUUUGGAGAAUAUUUGUCCUUGCGAUGGCAUACGUUCGGUCCUUGGUUUGACUUAGCUCAAUAA